ACAGCCACCCCAACACCUGAUGUCAUGGCCAGUAGGGAAGAUGAGCUGAGGAACUGUGUGGUAUGUGGGGACCAGGCCACAGGCUACCACUUCAACGCGCUGACUUGUGAGGGCUGCAAGGGUUUCUUCAGGAGAACAGUCAGCAAAAGCAUUGGUCCCACCUGCCCCUUUGCUGGAAGCUGUGAAGUCAGCAAGAUUCAGAGGCGCCACUGCCCAGCCUGCAGGUUGCAGAAGUGCUUAGAUGCUGGCAUGAGGAAAGACAUGAUACUGUCGGCAGAAGCCCUGGCAUUGCGGCGAGCAAAGCAGGCCCAGCGGCGGGCACAGCAAACACCUAUGCAACUGAGUAAUGAGCAAGAAGAGUUGAUCCAGACACUCCUGGGGGCCCACACCCGCCACAUGGGCACCAUGUUUGAACAGUUUGUGCAGUUUAGGCCUCCAGCUCAUCUGUUCAUCCAUCACCAGCCCUUGCCCACCCUGGCGCCUGUGCUGCCUCUGGUCACACACUUCGCAGACGUCAACACGUUCAUGGUACAGCAAGUCAUCAAGUUUACCAAGGACCUGCCUGUCUUCCGUUCUCUGCCCAUUGAAGACCAGAUCUCCCUUCUCAAGGGAGCAGCUGUGGAAAUCUGUCAUAUCGUACUCAAUACCACUUUCUGUCUCCAAACACAAAACUUCCUCUGCGGGCCUCUUCGCUACACAAUUGAAGACGCAGCCCGUGUAUCUCCCGCAGUGGGGUUCCAGGUAGAGUUUUUGGAGUUGCUCUUUCACUUCCAUGGAACACUACGAAAACUGCAGCUCCAGGAGCCUGAGUAUGUGCUCUUGGCUGCCAUGGCCCUCUUCUCUCCUGACCGACCUGGAGUUACCCAGAGACAUGAGAUUGAUCAGCUGCAAGAGGAGAUGGCACUGACUCUGCAAAGCUACAUCAAGGGCCAGCAGCAAAGGCCCCGGGAUCGGUUUCUGUAUGCGAAGUUGCUGGGCCUGCUGGCUGAGCUCCGGAGCAUUAAUGAGGCCUACGGGUACCAAAUCCAGCACAUCCAGGGCCUGUCUGCCAUGAUGCCACUGCUCCAGGAGAUCUGCAGCUGAGACCAGGCUCACUUCCUU